AUGUUGUAUCAAAUCCCAGAUAUCAAGAGUGCAUUGAUUUGUACUCAAAGUGUUUCUGAACAGGAGAAGAAGAUACAAGCUUUACAAUUUUUGGAGCAAUUUCAAAAGAGCAUAGAAGCAUGGCAAAUCUGCUUCGAAGUAUUAAGCAAGCAUGAAGCAGACAACUUACAGUUGCAAAUGUUUGCUUGUCAAACUCUAGUGAACAAAGUCACCUAUGAUCUAAACCAGGUCAAUACCGAAUUAGAGAGUUUCAAGGGAAAGCUCUUUGAGUUCAUCGCUAUGUAUGAAGAGAAGAUCAUAGUAACACAGUUGAACGUGGCACUAGCCCGAUUUACCAUUCAGUAUCUUGAUUGGAGGAAUCCGCUAGUUGAAAUUAUUAAUACUCUAAAUGGUCUUCCGGGAAAGUUACUACUGUUUUUGAAGAUUCUCCCAGAGGAAACAUUGGAUAUCAAAUCCACUCCUCUAUCCCAAGAUGAAUUUGAGUGUAGAACACACGAACUUAUAGAUAACAUUGGAGAAGACGUAUUGAAAUUUUUGAUUUCAUGUUUGGAUAGAGUCGGAACUGAAGGCAUAUCUGCUUCUAAAAUCAUUUCGUGCUUUGGAUCGUGGUGUUAUGAAUUUCCAAUAGAACAGGUAUUACAAGUGACUCCAUUGAUAAACACCGUGUUCCAAGUCUUGCAUACUUCAUAUGAUACUGAUUCUGAUUCUUUUGAAGCUGCAGUAGAAUGCUUAUGUGUGUUAUUAAGAGAAACGAGAGACGCAGCCAACGAUACAAUCAUACAUGCGCUUUACGAGCAACUUUUAGCUUUGCAACAAAAGCUAUUGCCAAUCACAACCAUUUCUGACUGGGAAGAAUACGAAGAGAUUAUGGAUCCACUCACACGUUUAUUCGUUGAAGCUGGCGAAGCGUGGUGUGUUUUUCUUGCAAAGAAUCCUGCCUUAUUCAAACCAUUGGUUGAAGUCAUCUUGGUAUUAACUUGCAAGAACACUGACCUCGAUAUCGUUUCGUAUACUUUCCCAUUUUGGUUUAAUUUGAGGCAAAUGUUAGUUUUACAACGUUACGCUCAACAAAGAAAAGAAUAUCAGGAUGUAUUUAUUAAUUUAACGAAUGGUUUGAUUACACAUUUGCAUUAUCCGGAAACUGUUUUUGAAAAUAAGGAAGAUGAAGAUAAAUUUAAAGAUUUUAGGUAUAACAUUGGUGAUGUACUUAAGUCUUGUGCUGCUGUCUUAGGUUCAACCGUUGCAUUGCAGCAACCAUAUAAUCUUAUCAACCAAUAUCUUCAGAAAGAAGAUCCUAACACGGUCUGGCAACCACUAGAGGCUGCCUUGUUUGCUGUUCGUACAAUGGCUCAUGAAAUUUCUCAUACUGAAAACGUUGUGCUACCCCAACUUUUCAAACAACUAUGCAUACAUCCACUAACUCACCCCAAAUUGGUUUAUUCUACAAUACUCGUAUUCUCGAGAUACACAGAAUGGACCAGUAAACAUGAGGAUCUACUGGAAAUCCAAUUGAAUUAUAUAUUCAAUGGAUUUGAAGCAGGCCAAUCAAAUCAUGAUCUCUCUGUUGCUGCCUCCAAUGCAUUAAUGUAUUUCUGUCAGGACUGCUCGUCACUUCUUGUUAAUUAUUGUGGCCAGUUAGUGGAUUUUAUUUGGAAAAUUGAACGCGCAGUUGACAACUACUCUAUGUUUGAGAUGUGUCAAGGCUUAAGUUCUGUCAUAAAUGAGCAGGAAACAGCGAAGAUUGGUGGCAUAUUCAAUUCAUUCACCUCCCAACAUAAUAAGAGGUUUGACAUUAUCAUUCAGCAAUUCAUCUCGAACCCAUCUGAUCCUGAUCUUUCUGCAAAAGUUGCACACUAUAUUGAUUUGCUUUAUGCAAUUUUGGAGAACAUUGUCCCCAAAUUCGAGUAUCCAGAACAAGGUGUUGAAGAACCGUUAAUUGCCUCUAUUUCCGAACAUAUUACAAAGUUAAUUAACUUAUUGGACGCAUAUGCGAUCUCUAAUGUUAUCAUUGUCGAUAGAACAAUGAAAUUCUUCCGUCGUGUUUUCGAAAAAUACCACCUAUUCACACAACCAAUACUUCCGGCGGUCUCAGAAUUUGUGGCUAAAGGUUAUUCAACAAGUGGUCUAGGAGCGUAUUUGUGGUUCUCUGGUUCAAUUAUUUACGUUUAUGGUGACGAUGAAUAUUAUCCUGUCGAUGUACAGGUCAAAGAGGCAGUGUGGCAAUUUGCCUGUCAGCAAUGUUCUACAUUCUUCAAUAAUUUUAAGUCAAUGCAAACAUUAGACAAAUUCUUUGAAAUGGUUCACGACUUCUUCCUUAUGUGUAAUGAUCUUUUAAUGUUUUUCCCUGAACAUAUGAUGAACACUCCUGUGCUUAUUUCGUCCCUAAUACAAUGGGAUUUAGAGAGUCUUCCAAAACUCGACAAUUUUGAAGCAUAUAUGACAUUGAUCAGAUUUUUAGAUGAUUUAUCAUCUUGGGGGUUCAAAACUCCACCUAUCUCUGUUACGUCAAUAACCGAAGUACCGGACGCUUGGAGAUGUACAAUAUUGGAACAGGUAGUCUCUAAGAAUGGCUCAAACAUAGUUACAGCAUUAAUUAAUGGCCUUGUGACUAAUUUUGACAGUAGAGCUCACCAGGAAAUUAUCAGUUUAAUUGUAAAAAUAUUCAGAUUGGCUACAGAAAACAAUAACAAUGAUCCAUCUGUUUGCUUAGAAUGGUUAGACUCUGCUUUGAGAAAAAUGGGAACUAUUGAAUCUAACGAACGUAGCAAACUAAUGAGCAUCGGUAAUGCAUUAAUACAGAGGGAUUAUAGACGUUGCAGGGGUAAUAUCAAGGAUUUCAUCGAUUGGUAUUUAAGGAAACACAUUUCUUCAAGAAUGUACACAUAA